ACUCCCAAUUGCCAAAUUUUUCUACUCAACAAUCUCAAUUUUCAAGUGAAGUAUGUGAUCGAGUAAAUGUGGAAGUGUCUGAAAAGAAAAAGAUCCGCGGUGCUGGCUUCAACAAAGAUGAGGAUCGUCUUCUUGUUAGUGCAUGGUUAAACACUAGUAUGGAUGCUAUACAUGGAAAUGAGCAAAAACAUCAAACUUUUUGGGCACGAAUUGGGGAUUAUUACAACCAAAAUAAGUGGUUCGAAAGUAGUCGAACUGACUGAAUGCUAUCUCAACGGUGGCAAAAAAUUCAGAAGGAGGUCAAUAGAUUUUCUGGAUGUAUUGCCACUAUAAAUGAGAGAAAUCAGAGUGGCAAAACUGAGCAAGAUAAGAUUGCGGAUGCGAAGGCUACAUAUGAAGCAAUAUACAAAGCAAAGUUCAACCUUGAUCAUGCUUGGAUUUUAUUGAGGCACCAACCAAAGUGGUUACAAACUCAAGAAUCAGUGAGUAAGAAGCGUGAAAACCAAUCUGACUUCACUAGUUUCUCAUCAUCUUCUACUGAAAGAACUCCCAUAGAUGUUGACCAAGACAACACCAAUGAUGCUUAUGCUCCCACAAAAAGACCACUAGGUAAGAAGGCCGAAAAGAGUAAGAUGAAAGAAACCACUAGCGAUGAGCCCACUCCUAUUUUGGUGCAAAUUCAAACAUUACAUGAAGAAAAAAAGGAAAGAGAUGAAAGGAAAAUGGAGCUUAUUAAGAAGAAAGUUGAGCAAGAUGAAAAAAAAACUCCGACUCAAACAAAUGGAGUUCGAGACGAAAAUUAUGUCUAUUGAUACAUCUGGAAUGUGUGAUGAG